UUGAGUCUCUUUGAGCAGACUAACGUGGUCCCGGCAGCCGAACAGGGAUGUUGUCUGAUUGUUUGUUGAUUGUAUUCAUUUCAAUAUGUACAGCUCUUCUUGGAGAGGGAUUGACAUGGCUCCUAGUUUACCGCACAGAAAAGUACAAAAAAUUGAAGGCAGAAGUUGAAAAACAGAGCAAAAAAUUGGAAAAGAAAAAAGAAGGUGGAGAAUCCUCUGAUAGAAGUCAGAAGAAGAAACUAGAACGCCAGGAAGAAAGACUGAAAAAUCACAACAGAGACUUGUCCUUUGUUAAGAUGAAGUCGAUGUUUGCCAUAGGAUUUGCAUUCACAGCACUACUCAGCAUGUUUAACUCAAUAUUUGAUGGCCGGGUUGUAGCCAAGAUGCCUUUUGUUCCCAUCAGUCUACUGCAAGGAAUCUCCCAUAGAAACCUAGGAGGAGACGAUUACUCAGAGUGUUCAUUCAUAUUUCUCUACAUCUUGUGCACCAUGUCAAUCAGACAGAAUGUCCAGAAGAUCCUAGGACUGGCCCCGUCCAGAGCAGCAAGUAAACAAGGAGGGGGGCUGUUUGCUACUCCAGGUCAACUGAACACAAGAUAAAAUAGUGUGAUCAUUGCAAUAUAAACUUUGAAAAAAAUAUAGUAAAAUCAUUCAGUCUGAUAUUUGUUCCAUUCACUAAAUAAAUGCAACAGCUAAUCCUGUACUCUUGACAGAGACAUGGUACAAUGUGGUUUGUGCAUUUUUUUUAAUUUAAAUUGAUAAAGAAAUGCAGUAUGUAUUUCAAUAAAAGGAAAUGAAAGAUA